AUGGCGACAUCCUCCAACCCAAUUGUCUUCUACGACAUCGCUCAGCGCCCGCCAGUCACGGAGACAUGCUGCGCCGUCAACCCUUGGAAAUCCAGGUUGGCACUCAACUUCAAGGCCGUCCCCUAUACUACGUCCUGGGUGAAGAUGCCAGAUAUUAGCAAGGUGCGGUCCGGCCUUAAAGUCCCAGCCUGUCGCAAAUUCGCUGAUGGCUCCGAUUUCAAUACCCUUCCUAUCAUCCAUGACCCUGCUACCAACAUAUUCGUUGGCGACUCCUUCGAGAUCGCCGUCUACCUACAACACAAUUACCCUACCUCUGGCGCAGGCAACCUCUUCCCUCCUCAGAAACUCGACUAUGUCUUCAACAACGAUAUCGCACUGGUGGUGCCGCUGUCGGAGCUUAGUGAGACCGACUUUGUCGAGUACGCGCGCUUCAACACCAGCAUUGAUGCGGCGUUCAGUCCACAUACCGCGCUGAUGUGUCAAGGGCUUCCUUUGGAUCCAGAGACUGCCGAAAUAACCAAGGCGGACUUUGUCAAACGUGCUGGCGUUAGGUCGUGGGAUGAUUUUGCCCUAGUGGGUGAAGCGCGAGAGAAGAUGAAGGAAUCUUUUGAAGCUGUGCUUGGUGAUAUAGCUAAGCUGUUCUUAAGAAAUACGUCUGGGCCGUUUCUUCUAGGGCAGCAGGCUAGCUACGCGGAUUUUAUUGUUGGCGGAUGGUUAAGGAUGAUGCGUGUGACGUUGCCGCAAAGUGAGUGGGAGGAGGCGAGGGGUUGGCAUGGGGGCAUUUUUGGGCAGUUACAUGAUGGGCUGGACAAAUAUGCCGAAGUAAAGUAG